AUGGAGAAAACGUCUCUCAAGCUUGUCUUCUUGUUCUCCCUCACAAUCAUAGCAUUUUGUUUGCCUUUGAGUGAUGCGAGAGAGAUGGUGAAGGAAGAAGUGAAUUGCAUCGGCGGGAAAUGUCCAGAAGGAAAGAAACAUUGUAACUGCUUGCCGCCGGUAGUACCUAUAAUGGACAAUUAUGAGACCAAUGCAUCGUGCCGUAGAGAUAAUGAAUGCAUCAAGUACUGUCCUAAGGGAUGCAAGAUUGUUAACUGCUCAAUUGAUGGGAAUGGGAUAAAACAUUAUUGUUUUGUGUCAAGAUGGCCGAGGAGAAACUUUGACACCCUCUUUCCUUGA